AUGAAUUGUCAUAAGUACUUUGGUCAUCUAUGUUUUCGAAAUUCUGGCUUUAAACCCAAAUCCUUAUUUGGAAGACGUUACCUCACUAAAGGAGCUGUGACACGUUGGUAUAAUAGACUUUAUUUAUCCUUAUUAACAGGAAACUUGAAUACUUCUGACUCCCAAAAAAGUGAAGGGAAUAUUUCGAAGACAGAUAUGUCCGAGAGCCCCUCAGAUUAUGUACAUCCCGAAAGCGGUGAGAGAGGAGGACCUCGUGGCCCAGAACCCACGCGAUAUGGGGAUUGGGAACGUAAAGGACGUUGUAUCGACUUCUAA